UUGCCAGUGUAAAGAUGUUGUGGUCUUAAUGAAGUUUUUUUCUAGGCUUUCUAACAUCAACAUACAGCAUAUCAGUUAAGUGUGAACAAGAAAACAUUUGUGCAGUGAGAGAGACCAAUGUGACACUGAAGUGUUUUUACUCAAACAUCAACAUCAAAACUGUGUUCUGGUUCAGUCAGAAACAGAGAACAAACUGGAGAAACAAAGAUGAACCUGAAGAUUUGACUUUAGAUUCAGAUUACUCAGGACGAGUGAAACAGCAGAUCAGAUACCACUACUCAUAUCUCACAAUAUCAGAUCUGCGAGAGAGAGACAGUGGAGAAUAUCAGCUCAUGAUCAUUAUGAAGGAUGGAGUUAAACAUCUCAGCUCAGUCACAGUCAAUCUAACAGUAACAGUCCUGCAGGUGAGGAAACACCAGAACAACCUUACCUGUGAUACCUCCUGCACUUUAACCUCAAAACCUCAGCACAUCUACUGGAAAAAAGAUGGACGAUAUAUAGUAGGAAGUGAAUCUAAACCGUUUUCUUUGUCAUCUGCUGCCUACUCCUGUUUUAUUAGUCCAUACUUUAAAAUCUCCUCUGACCCUUUGUGUCUUUCUAACAGUGUCUGUUGGGGUGUGACUUACACCUCUACAAGAGUUUGUGCUUUAGUGGGAUCAACAGUAGAUAUUCACUCUUCAUACUCACAUCCCACUGGAGAUACAGUAGAGAAAACAUACUGGCAUUUACCAAUCAAUAAUCAUUUAAAAUAUCAAGAUCUGCAUGAUGUUCAUCAGUUUGCUGGUCGUGUGGAGUAUAUGAACAAUACACUGAGAAUAAAAGAUGUCAACAUGAGUGACUCUGGUGAAUAUCAAUUCAGGAUCAUCACUAACACAAACUCUUACUCUGGUUUACCUGGAGUCAUUCUCACUGUUACAGAUACACAGGUGAUAAGCAGUCCAGUCACUGUGUCAGAGAGAGGGAAAGUGAUAUUGAGUUGUUCAACCAAAUGCACUCUGGAUAACAACAUGAAAUACUCGUGGUACAAGAACGGGCGUCUGGUAACAGAUGGAGUCAAACUAUAUAACAAACUGUACCUGGACUCAGUUAACAGUGAGGAGAUACAAGAGUAUUCAUGUGCUGUAGGAGAUGAAUCAGUGGAAAUCUCAGCGUCUGAACAUUUUUACAUUUUUCUGAUUGUGUUUGUGGUUCAAAUAUUCAUUAUAGCAGCUAUUUGGGUGUGGUUUUGCCUGAAAAAAUCUCGUCUGAAAAAACAAAUGAAGGACAAAAAUGAAGAGGUGAGAAUUUUUACUGAUAUCUUUAAUGUAAUUACAAAGCUAAAAUGACUUUAUAAUCAAAUGUUCUACUUUAAUCUACUUUUUAUUUCUCAUAAUAUUUAUCUGUCUCUUAUAGACCCCAACAUCCAUUAUGUUUUUAUGCACAUCGCUGUCCCUCCAACAGAACCGGUGAUGUGUACUGAAUAAUAAAGUGAUUUAAUAAUAAAUGCUCAGUUUUUGUAAUCUGCAUACAAUAAUUGUAACAGUUAUCCUAAGUUGUAUAUAGCCGUUUCUCAAUACCAAGUACGCCAAACUCGGACUUGUGUCCUUCGUAGUUCAAACUUGCAAGUUCAGACUCGGAAGAACGAACUCCUGACGCGAAAUGCAUUCUGGGAAACUUCGCUGUCAUAAGUCCACACAAGUCUCUGAUGCAUCAUCGAUAAAAUGGUCGGAUCAAGAACACAUCUGGGGAUUUUAUGUGAACUUGGGCUUGAUGCGAACUUUGAUUUGGAACAGUACUUGGUCCGCGACUGAUGACGUUUCACAAGCCAACAAGAACACAAGUACAGACAAGAACGCAUAUUGAGAAACGGCCUAUGUUUGCCCUCCAUGUUUCAUUGUCUUCACCUGUUGUCUGUAAUCAUCAUCGUGAUUAGUGUAUCCACCUGUGUUCUCCCGUGAUCACCUGUACAUUUAAACUCCUGCUUUAGUUCAGUAUUUGUCGGUUCUCGAUGUUUCUUCUAUGUUAUCCUGUGUUACCUGUGUUCGUCAACCUUUGUAAAUAAAGU